AUGGCGGCAAAUCUACCGCCAGAAAUCCUCCUGCUGGUCUUCGGCGUGCUCCCAACUGAGCCUAUAUACGACAGUUGGCCCAGAUGGCCGGUUUCUCCGAAGGAUCUGACUUCAGCUGCACUUGUAUGCCGCUCUUGGCGUCUCCCGGCGACUGCAGUACUCUAUCGGGUGAUUGAAGUCAAGACUAUACGCGAGUUGAAGCUGCUUACAGCGGCAGUUCUUAAAUAUCCGCACCUCAAGCCACUCAUCAAGUCACUCUUUCUCCCGCUCCGCUUUCAGGCGGUUUAUUUGGACGAGGUCUCAUAUCAAAUAAACGAAAAUUGCGUUACGGAGCGACCAGUCAUCGGGGAAUCUUCCCAGGGCAAUCGAAACUCGGAACUUCGCUUCCUCGGCCUCGCAGGAUGCACAACCCAGCCGCUCAAUCUCCCUCCAGUCUAUGCGUUCUUCCCCAACCUACGCUGCCUUCAUCUCACCGGUUUUAAACUCUGCGAGCGAUUGGACCCAGAUACGACGCCGCCUUUACUUCGGCUCGAGGAGAUUACGGUCCAAGUCGACAACUGCUUUGGCCUCCUGGACGACUGGCUCUGUACUCUUCCAAACCUCCGUACCAUCUGCGUUGCAGCUAUGCCCUCGCAGCCCAUUGCGCCCACCAAGGUUCUCCAGAUGAACCGCAUCACCCACCUCGAACUCGUCGUUUGUCGUACCGAGACUACGUACGCAGGAACGUGGCUAGGCGUAUCGAAUAGUCUCCGUAUACUAAGUAUAACUGCGGAUGUGUUCAACUCGAGCUUUCCAGAGUUCCCAAUGGAACUCGAUCACCUCAAAAUUUGGACAGUGCGCUAUAUCGAGCUCAAGAUGGACCAUUUUAUCGAAUAUAUCAAGUCAGGCCCAAUGAUCCGAACUCUAACGAUCAUCAAGGACACGCAUGCGGAUUACUUCGUGACAGUAGAGUCAGUAGUACAGAAAUAUUGCAAGCAGGGCGGAAUCAAUCUUGUCAUUCUCUCAGAGAAUUGCGGGUGCAAAGACUGUUUGCAAGCAAAGGAGGGGGCUAUUGUCGAGAAGAAGAAGGCUAGCACCUCUGGGUUUCUGCACACUGCUGCUUCCGUUGCAGGAAGAAGUAUGGGACGCAGAAAACCACGUCGGAUCAUGAGUCCAGAAGAGAGCGAGAUCGCUCGAUGGGAGGCGGCAGAGACAUGGGCUGUGGAAUACUAA